CCCGUUACUCCAAACCAGCCAUCCAGCUAUAUCAGUACCUAUAUUUCGCAUUUCUCCGAACAUAGACAUACACCCCCCUAUAGCCCGCGCCUCUCACAAAGCACACGAUGCCCCCAACGCUAAUCCUAAUCCGGCACGCGGAGGCGCUGCACAACGUCAACCGCGAAUACCACAUCCCGGACCCGGAGCUGUCGCUGCUCGGGUUGCAGCAGUGCAAGGAUCUGCGUGACCACCUCCGGCAGCACUUGCCGCUGGCUGACGAGGCGGAGCUGGUGGUUGUGAGCCCGAUGAGACGGACCCUGCAGACGGCGCUGGGAGGCCUGGAUUGGUUGAUCAAGAAGGGGGUGCGCGUGCGCGUGGAUGCCUUGUGGCAGGAAAACUCCGACAAACCUUGCGACACGGGCAGCCCUAUCCCGAAAUUGCAACAGGAAUUCACGCAGGUGGACUUCUCCGAUCUUGAUGCCACCUAUCCCGAAAAGCGAUCUCCGAAGGACAACAUUUACCGCUUCACGCGCUCCGCCGUAGUUGCACGUGGUCAAUCGGCUCUUGCAUCACUCUACGAUCGUCCCGAAAAGGUUAUCAUCGUUGUCAGCCACUCGGGCUUCCUGCGCUGCGCCGUCAGCGGGCGCAGGUACGCAAAUGCGGACUACCGGGUCUUUGAAUUUGUUGAGAAGUACUCCAGGGGCCAGUACGAAUUGAAGGAGCGGGAGAGCACAGAGGGAAGCGGGGGCAUGGGCAGAAGUGAGAAAGGUGUGGCAGGUAUUGUGGAGACGGAUUUUCCAGAGGAGGAGGCCUUGAAUGGGGUUGAGGAGAAGUUGGGAGAGAGGACGCAGAAGGAGGCUGUGGCGGAGGUGCCCAAGAACUGAUUUCAAAAUCUGUUUGUUGUCGAUAGAUAGACCGGAAGAGGGGCAUAUGUAAGCUCAGAGGGCGAUCCAGCGUUGGCAUAACCUUAGACAUGUCGGUAGACAAUUGUACAGCGGUGUGAGCAUGCCAUUCGACGUCUCCG